AUGUCCAUAAUAAAUGAAAAAAUUAUUUUUUAUAAUAAUUGUAUGGCUGAUAUAGAGUCAAAAGAAAAUUGUUUAAUAUUAAAAGAGGAGGAUAUUAUAAAUGGCCAUCUAAAAACUUAUAAAAAAGAAGAAGAAAAUAAAGUAAAUCAAAUUGUAUUUUAUUCAUCUUUUAAUAUGACAAAUGAUAAAGCAACAUUAAUUGGGUUAUACGAAAAAUAUGAAUAUUUUCAUCAAAAUAUUUUACAAACUUUUAAUGAUUUAAAAGUUCUUAUUACUUGUCAUUUCUAUAACAAUAACUAUUCAUUUUUAUCAACAUUAAAACAUUUAUCAAUAUUCAAGUAUGAAAAUUUUAAUAUAUUUUCAAAUAGAUUCAAAAUUAAAAUUAAUAAUGAUUGUAAAGACCAUGAUAUGGAAAAACUAAAACUUUUUAAAGAGGCAAUUAAUAAAAAGAAUAAUUUAAAAAUAGAAGAAUAUAGUGUAGAGGAUAUUCAUUUAAAAUUUUCAGAAGUUCCGCCAUCCAUCAAAAUGUUAGAAAAUAGUUAUAAAGUAAAGAAAGUUAUUUAUACUUUUAAAAAAAAUUCUUCUAAACCUAUAGCGAGUAUAAUAAAAUACAUAAUACCACUAUCCGCAAAAAAACUUAAAUUUGGUAAUCAAUUUAAUCAACCUCUAUCAGCCGGUGUAAUACCAUCCUCUGUAGAAACAUUAACAUUUGGUAAUCAAUUUAAUCAACCUCUAUCAGCCGGUGUAAUACCAUCCUCUGUAAAAACAUUAACAUUUGGUUUUAAAUUUAAUCAACCUCUAUCAGCCGGUGUAAUACCAUCCUCUGUAGAAACAUUAAUAUUUGGUUUUAAAUUUAAUCAACCUAUUUCAGCUGGUGUAAUACCAUCCUCUGUAAAAACAUUAAUAUUUGGCGAUUGGUUUAAUCAACCUCUAUCACCCAGUGCAAUACCACCAUCCGUAGAAAUAUUAGAAGUUGGAGGAAGUUGUAUAUAG